AAGAAGCAGGACCUAGAGCCGUCCGAGGCCGGGUCCAGCGUCACUUCCAUCGAGUCAGACGACCUGAAAGAGCGGGAAAACUGGACGGGCCGUCUGGACUUCCUGCUGUCAUGUAUCGGGUUCGCCGUGGGUCUGGGGAACAUCUGGAGGUUCCCUUAUCUCUGCUACAAGAGCGGAGGAGGUGCCUUCCUUGUGCCUUACAUAAUUUUCCUGAUCCUGUGUGGCCUGCCGUUGUUCUUCAUGGAGAUUUCCUACGGCCAGUUUGCCAGCCUGAGCCCCAUCACCGUGUGGAGAAUCAGCCCGCUCUUCAAAGGUAUCGGCUACGGCAUGGUGAUCAUCUCGGGCAUUGUGUGCGUCUACUACAACAUCAUCAUCACCUGGACCUUCUACUACCUGUUCAUGUCCAUGAGGAAAGUGCUGCCCUGGAGCGUGUGUGGCCAGAGCUGGAACUCGCCCGACUGCGUGGUGGAGAGGCCGGUCAUCAACGAAACUGAGGCGCUCGAGACCACGUCCCUGUUUGAGAACGCAACGUUUGCGUUAGACAACUCAACUUCCUUCGCCAACUCAUCUUUUGUCAACAGCUCGGUGAUCGUGGGCAACAUGAGUGCCCUGGUCAACAAGACAAUGUUCAGCCCAGCCAGCCAGGAGUUCUGGGAGAACAAUGUUCUGGAGAAGACGAGCGGCAUUGAGGACUUUGGUGGCAUCCGCUGGCCGCUGUUUGGCUGUCUGGUACUUGCCUGGACCAUCGUCUUCCUCUGUCUGUGUAAAGGAGUCAAGUCCUCUGGGAAGGUGGUGUAUGUGACGGCCACGUUCCCCUACCUGGUACUUCUGAUCCUGUUGGUCCGUGGCGUGACCUUGCCCGGUGCCGCGGAGGGCAUCAAGUUCUACCUGAUCCCCCGCUGGGAGAAGCUGGCCACGUUCAAGGUGUGGGGCGACGCCGCUGUGCAGAUCUUCUACUCGGUCGGGAUGGCCUGGGGCUCACUCAUCACCAUGGCCAGCUACAACAAGUUCAGCAACAACGUGCAGAGAGAUGCCUUGAUUGUGCCCAUCCUGAACUGCAGCACCAGCAUCUUCGCCGGCCUUGUCAUCUUCUCCGUGCUGGGCUUCAUGUCCCACACGACCGGCGUGCCCAUCGACAAGGUGGUCACCCAGGGACCUGGCCUGACCUUCGUCGUGUACCCAGAGGCCGUGGCUAAGAUGCCCCUGUCCCAGCUGUGGGCCAUCUUGUUUUUCCUCAUGAUCUUCACCAUUGGCUUGGACAGUCAGUUUGGAAUGUUUGAAACCAUGACCAGUGCUUUCAUCGACGAGUACCCACAGCUGUUGAGAAAGAAGAAGAUUCUCUUCACCGCCUUCAUGUGCUUCAUCGAGUUUGUUCUGGGAAUCCCGAUUGUGUUCCAGGGUGGUGCGUACCUGCUACAGAUCAUGGACUGGUACUGCGCGACCUUCUCCCUAAUGCUUCUCUCCUUCUCCGAGUGUAUGGUGAUCUCGUGGAUCUAUGGAGUCGACCGCUUCCUCAAGGACAUUGAGCUUAUGAUUGGCUACAAGCCGUCCGUCUUCUGGAAGAUCAUGUGGAAGUUUGUCACUCCAGCAGUUGUCCUGUUCAUCUGGCUGUUCAGUGUGAGCCAGCUGGAGCCUGUGACGUACGGCGACUACGAGUACCCGACCUGGGCCAUCACGUUUGGCUGGCUGCUGGGUCUGUGCUCCAUCAUCCCCGUGCCCAUCCUCGCCAUCCAUGCCAUCUACAAGGAGGAGACCGGCACUCUGUUCCAGAGAAUCAGAAAGCUAGUCGAGCCUGCUGCCAACUGGGGACCGUCUCAAAUGGAAGACAAAAUGCGAUACAUCGAGUCCAUGACCUCCUUCGAGCGCGAGCGCUUCGAGGCAGCUCAGCAGAACGUUGACCGUCAGCGCUACCUGGUGAUGAGAAACAUGAACAGCAGCGCCAUCUACAAAGGUCCCGUGACGACCAUCAAUCUGGACACAGCCGAGGAGUCAGCCGUCAGAGAGCAGAUGCUGCCCGCCGGGGCGGCCAACUACCCAUUCUCAGCGCCCACGGAGCCCUCGCAUUUAACUAACCUUUUGAACGGUGAAAAACCACCCAACAGCAUAUGUUGAUUCCUGACCUGGAUUCCUGUCUAGUCACAAGCCGUCCGGAGCUGACUGAGAGCAAGGACACCUGAUUGUGUUGUGACCUCCAACCUCCGACCCAGUUCUAUUGCUGGCUUUUGUUGGAGCGAGCGAUGGUGAUACGAAAAGAAGGGUACUUAAAUAUAAGGUUUUUAUGUUGGCGGACGGAAAAUCCCAGUGGGUAUGUUGUUCUAAGCCUUGUGAAUGAGUGCUAAAAGAGAAAUGUGUACAUGUUUGAUUGAAAUAUUGUUCUAAAUCAGAGUCACAAAACUAUCGUAAACAUACAAUAUAAAGAACUUUUUUAAAGUGCAAAAAACUUAAAAUUGUAAGUAAUAAUUCCAGCAAACAAUGCAAGUUUUUAAGGGUUUGAGAUUAAUUCAGAACUUUUUAGUAGUGGUGGACACAAAGAUGUUCUAAUUGUGAUUCGUAGAAAUUUGUACCUUCACAUUGUAUGAAACAGUGGGAAUACUCAAGUAUUAAAUAUGAAGCGUUUUAGUCCACCAUCAUAGCAGUAAUUCUGCCUUACAAAAGCAAGAGGUAUAUAACUAAUCUAUAUGUAGUAGACAUUUUGCAAUAUUGGUAGGAGAUUUCCGCGAAUGUUAUCCUGAAGUGAGCAAGACGUACAUCGGGCAUUGUAUGGUUCAGUCUUUCAUCUUCCUGUGCCCCUCAAAGUUAUUUAUUGCACUUCCUGCCAUUGUUGACCAUCUAGACAAUCAGUCGCGGUCGUGAUUCCAUACAUUCAUGUCAUUUCUGAGUUUCUGGAGACUCGGGGUAUCCAUGUUGUACCCAGGGUAUCCGGUGUUGCAUUCAGCAUAUCCGGUGUUGCAUUCAGCAUAUCCGGUGUUGCAUUCAGCAUAUCCGGUGUUGCAUUCAACAUAUCCGGUGUUGCAUUCAGCAUAUCCAGUGUUGCAUAUCAGCAUACAUCCAAUGUUGCAUUCAGCCGGUGUUGCAUUCAGCAUAUCCGAUGUUGCAUAUCAGCAUACAUCCGAUGUUGCAUUCAACAUAUAUCUGAAGUUACAUUCAGCAUAUCCGAUGUUGUGCAUCCAGCCUGUCUGAGUCUCUUGAGAAUUACAAUGCUUACACAGCUUAAGCUUAAGCUUAGUCUACCCGGGACCAUAGAAUAUCUGCCGCAGUCAUCUUGAGAGAGAGUCCUGAAUCUUCUUAAGUUUGAUCCACAGUCACUGAUCUCAGUGUUCCUCUACUGCGCUGCUCUUCUUUUCUACUUUGUUUUUAUUCCAUUUUGAGAUACUACUUUUACUUUUUGAUAAUGGUCGCCAGUGAAAGUGCAUCAACACAAAUGAUACAAACAUAAAUUAAAAGGCAUAAUGAUGCUUUUCCCAUCUAUCUGAAUGCAUUUUAUUAAUUUUUUAAAGACAAACUUAUCCAAAAGCUCAUAACUAAAGUGCUUUUUAAACCGAAGGUGAAUUGAAAAAGUUAGACAAACUUUUUUCUAUCUAGAACUGGAUUUGUUUAGAGGCAACGUAAGAUCAUAAAGCUGUGGAACUGUUUCAGUAAGGGUCUUUCAAGAAAAAGACAUCAUUUUUGCCCUCAUUGUUUAAGAAACAAAUGUAUUACCGGUAGAAUUGUUUUGUUUUUUUAUACCUUUGAACUUGACAAUCUCCUUAGAUUUUGAUAUUGUAUGUGUGUGUGAGAGAGAGAGAUAUAGAGAGGGUUCGCCUUACAUACAGGGUGUUGUGUGUUAGUAAUGUCAGUGGCUAUGGAUGUAUAUAAGAUGCUACGGAUGUUUAAAUAUAUAUAUAAAUACCCCUUGUAUAUUUCUGCCAAUGAAUCUGACGAAUGUAUAUAGCCAACUGUAAAUAUGUACAAAAGAGGACGUGUGAUUGCGAUGCUGAGUGUGAUGCUGAGUGUGAAAAAGUCGUGCGCUAUGAAAAGACAAGAUUGGUGCUGUUCACGUUUGAGCAUCAUAUAUUUAUGGAAGAAGACAAUCACUUUUGAAGCAAAAGAAUCUUUAUUUGAAUGUUCGGGGGCGUGGUAUGACUUUCUUUGUGUUUGCAAGCCUGUGCAUGUUUGUUCAGAUGAAUGAAUGACGAGAAAGUAUGAAGGGACGUUGAAAAAUGUCAUUGGAUGUAAAUGUUCAUUUUGUCACUGACUGCAAGCAAGCCUUCAAGCUAUGCCAUACUGAUAUCUGCUGAUCUGACUACUCUCCAAUUGUUUUCAUUUCAUGACUUCAUUUUUAAAAAUCAAAACUUCGAUAUAUAUGAAUUGUAUUCUUGCGUAAGAGCAGAAGAGAAACCAACUUUAAAUCUACGUAAAGAGGGAAAGAACUGCAGUUUUUUAAAGUUAAAGCUGCUUGAAUAGAAAAGAAAAAAACAUUCAAGCAUUUGUUUCAAAUUUUUGUCUUGUAACUGAGGAAAAUUAUUUUUAAGCUUAAAAGGUUUGUUUCAUUAUCCACCCCCCCCCCCCUUCACCCCCCCCCCCCCCUCCCCCUUUAAUUUUUCCCUCACACUUUCUGAGGACAGCACACAACAUUUGGAUGUAAAUGAACACACUUUGAAGGUAUAGGACCACAAGUUGUUGUAGAAUGUUAAGGCCAGAUAUCUACAAGGUUUCUGCUGCUGUCAGACGUCUCUUGUUGCUAACAUUCAUUCCGAAAACACAGCAAUGAAUUGUUCAUGUUCCUUCCCUGAUGUUACAUUGUGGAAACACGGUGAGACUCACCGUCUCCUGUUAAUAUUUAUUCCCUUCUCUAUGAGCUGUCUCUCUCUGUCUCCUUUCUUUCUUCUUUUCCUAUUUUUAGCCUCUCAUGAUUCUCCACUUUCCCUGCUUCUAACUCACUUUUGCAAAGGUCAACUGUUCCUCACAAGCCAAAGUAUUCAGGUUCAAACCUGUAGACCCGGCUGGCACAAUGCUCACGUUGGCUCAUGGCACAACGAGGAUUUUGUUGUUGUUUUUUUUGGUGUUUUUUUUUGGGGGGGAGAAGAACAGAUUUAUUUUAGUCAAAGAAUCUCAGCCUUGACUGUGUUAUACAAUGUUGAGCUCACAUGCUGUUCAAGCUAUUGACAAUCAAAUACUCCAUAGGGCUGGGUGGGUUUUUUUUAAUGAUUAUGUGUCAAGAAUAUCUUUUUUUAAGAUUAAAUAACAGAAAUUGUUUUUUCAUUGACCAUAAUUAAACUAUAAUUUUUAUGAUUGAAACAUUUACAAAGUUUAACAUCUUUCUGCUUGUAUUGAAAAGUGACAUACUGUAAACAUCUUUCUGUAUGUGACACUAGUACAUAGAAGGGGGACAAUACUACCCUGUUAGUUCCAUCAUCGUUACUUUUGCUCCAAAGUUGCAGAAAAACAACUACGCCUCUUGUUAAAGAAACGGAGAGACCAAAGUUUUGUCAAAGAAAUUGUUAGAUGUUGAUCUGAUGUCACUCCAAAAUUCUGAAACUUUCAGAACCAAGUAUGCGUGCUCACAGAUGCAGCUGAUGAUCUUGGAAUGAGAUUAUCUUUAGCGUAGCACUGUCAGUCAUGUUGUGCAAGGUUUUGUUUUUUUUAUGUUGAGAGCUGAAUCUCCUUUCUCUUUUGCUUUGUGCAGAAUCCUGCAGGGACUGUCUCAUAAGUUUGUGGCUCUCAGAGGCUCUGUUCUCACUUUUUGUUGCGUUUUCUUAUUAUGCGGGACUGGGGGGGAAUGUUAUGACGUUUUAUACAUGAACUACAUUUUGUUAAUGCUGAAAAAAGAACCAAAAUAAAAUAAAAAACGGUAUAACAAUUUGAA